AUGGCGCCGUAUUUUGGCCUCCGUGGCCCUUCCCUGAACAGGGCUAUCAUGUGGUUGGUCGUGUGUCCGGCCUUUGUGACUUAUGGAUACAAUCAAGGUGUGAUGGGAGGUCUGUUGACCUUGGAAUCUUUCGUUGGGACCUUCCCACAAAUGAACACACUCACUGCAACCGAUGCAGAGAAGACCUACAACUCGACGAUUCAAGGCACGGUCGUCGCGCUAUAUACCGUUGGUGGAAUAUUUGGUUCGCUAUCAUGUAUUCAAUUUGGCGAUAGGCUCGGCCGCCGGAAAGUGAUCCUGUUCACCUCCUUCAUCUCAAUGAUUGGUGCAAUCUUGAUGGCAACAUCCUUCUCCCUUCCACAAUUCAUCGUUGCACGACUCGUCCUCGGAUAUGGCACCGGUGGCUACGUCGCUACAGUACCCGUCUGGCAAUCCGAGAUCUCGAAGCCUAACAAGCGUGGCGCGCACGUAGUAACCGACGGUAUCUUCAUCGGCGCUGGUAUCACCUUCUCUCUUUGGGUCGACUUCGGCUUCUACUUUGUCAAGACCAACUCGGUUUCCUGGCGAUUCCCCUUGGUCUUCCAGGUCCUUCUAUCACUGAUGGUCAUGGGCUUUGUAAUGCUCUUCCCUGAAUCGCCCCGGUGGCUGUCGGAACAGAUCACCCUCGAUAUUCGCGAUAUCGAGACAUCCCUAGCCCUUUCUGGAACAGGUUCCUGGAAGGAUAUGUUGAAGAUGGGCGAGCAGCGUUUGUUCCACCGCACCGUUCUCGCCUGUAUGGGUCAGAUGUUCCAGCAGAUGUGUGGAAUCAAUCUGAUCACUUUCUAUGCCACGACCAUUUUCGAGCAAUAUCUCAAGCUCGAUCCCGUUCAGUCUCGUAUCCUUGCUGCAUCCAUGUGCCUAACACAACCGCUGGGCGGCCUGCUGGCUUAUUUCACUAUCGACCGUCUAGGUCGUCGCGUGCUUAUGUUGUGGAGUGCUGUCGGAAUGUCAAUCUCAAUGGCAAUCCUAGCUGGCAUCACAUCCGUGCAAAAUAACACCGGCAGCUUAGUCUGUGCCGUGGUAUUCCUUUUCGUCUUCGAAUUUAUCUUCACGGUCGGAUACUCCGGCCUAACCUUCUUAUACGCCACAGAGGUCGCUCCACUCCAAUGCCGAGCAUCUAUUAGCGCCAUCUCCGCUGCCGCCGUGUGGACAUUCAACUUCCUCCUUGCUGAGGUCACGCCCGUCGGUUUCGCUACCAUCGACUGGCAGUAUUAUAUUAUCUUCGCCGUGUUGAACGCUGCCAUCGUGCCGACUGUUUACUUCCUCUUCCCAGAGACGAAUGGCCGCACUCUAGAGGAGAUCGAUGAAAUUUUCUUGCAGUCGCGCAGUAUCUUCGAUCCACCCCGUAUUGCUCGCUCGCUUCCACGUAUGCACGUGGCGGAGGCUCAUAGUGUGGAUAUCGAUGCCAAGGAGGUUGGCAGUGGCGAUGAGGGCGUCGGCAAAAAGCCUAAGGUGUAA